AUGGAGUCGACAGGAGUCCCGCUGCAGGGCUGCGCCCCGUCCCAGGAGGCAGAGGAGCCCCCGGGUUCCCCAGCCCUCCCCGCCGAGGAGCCGCAGAGCGGGCAGUCCGCCGGAGAGCCACCGGGGGAAGACGUGCUGCCUGCCGUGGCCAGCCGGGAGCGGAGUCGCCGCGGUGCCGGUUCGCAGGGCCCGCCUGGGCGGACGGCGCGGGGUAGGGGGCGGCGGGCCCCGGGCCGGCGCGGAGGAGAGGAUGGGGGCCGUGCUGCCCGGCGUCCCCGCGUCACGGUGGACAGCUCCAAGGCCAAAACCUCGCUGGAGGCGCUGAAGAUCAGCCUGCGGCAGCUCCGCUGGAAGGAGUUUCCUUUUGGCAGACGCUUGCCGUGUGAUAUCUAUUGGCAUGGGGUAUCAUUCCAUGAUAAUGAUAUAUUCUCAGGUCAAGUCAACAAGUUUCCAGGCAUGACGGAGAUGGUGCGGAAAAUCACCUUGAGUCGGGCAGUGCGAACGAUGCAAGAUCUCUUUCCUCUUGAGUAUGACUUCUAUCCUCGGUCCUGGAUUCUGCCAGAAGAACUUCCCCUCUUUGUGGCUGAGGUUCGUAUGAUGAAAGACAGUGAUCCAUCCUGGAAGCCCACUUUCAUUGUGAAACCUGAUGGAGGGUGCCAGGGGGAUGGAAUCUACCUCAUUAAAGACCCAAGUGACAUCAGACUGACAGGAAGCAUCCAGAGCCGGCCAGCUGUGGUCCAGGAAUAUAUUUGCAAACCACUGCUUGUUGACAAGCUGAAAUUUGAUAUUCGUCUGUAUGUCUUACUGAAAUCUUUAGAACCCUUAGAGAUUUAUAUAGCCAAAGAUGGACUUUCUAGAUUUUGUACAGAGCCCUAUCAAGAACCCACUCUGAAAAAUUUGCACCAGGUUUUUAUGCACUUAACCAACUAUUCACUAAAUAUCCACAGUGGGAAUUUCAUCCAUUCUGACAGUGUGAACACUGGCAGCAAGAGGACUUUUUCAAGCAUUCUGUGCAGAUUGUCUUCCAGAGGAGCUGAUGUCAAAAAACUCUGGUCAGAUAUAAUUUCACUAGUGAUUAAAACAAUUAUUGCACUGACACCAGAACUGAAAGUUUACUAUCAGUCUGACAUACCAGCAGGAAAGCCUGGGCCAACUUGCUUCCAGAUUUUAGGGUUUGAUAUUCUCCUGAUGAAAAACUUGAAGCCCAUGUUACUAGAAGUAAAUGCAAACCCCAGCAUGAGAAUAGAACACGAGCAAGAGCUUUCUCCUGGAGUAUUUGAAAAUGUCCCAAGCCCUGUUGAUGAAGAGGUGAAAGUAGCUGUUAUCAGAGACACUCUUCGUCUAGUGGACCCUCAGAAAAAAAAGAGGAAAGAUAUCCAGUGUCAGUCUUUGGAGCAUGUGUCAGAAGCAAAUGAAGAGCUGUUGGAUGCCUGUCCAGCCAAGCAAGCAGAGAAUGAUGCUGGCAGAAGCCCAGAGGCUGGUCUCCCCUCCCUGUGUCUCAAACAAGUGUUUCCCAAGUAUGCCAAGCAGUUCAACUACCUGCGACUGGUGGACAGAGUGGCUGCACUCUUUAUCCGAUUUCUUGGUGUGAAAGGGACAACGAAGUUGGGGCCAACAGGUUUCCGAACGUUUAUAAGAAACUGCAAACUGAGUAACAGCAAUUUUUCAAUGGCUGCUGUAGAUAUCUUAUACAUUGAUAUCACAAGAAGGUGGAACAGCAUGACAAUUGACCACAAAGAAUCAGGAAUGUGUUUGCAAGCCUUUGUGGAAGCUUUCUUCUGCCUGGCUCAGAAAAAAUUCAAGUCUCUCCUACUUCAUGAGCAAGUGGCAUCGCUGAUCGAUCUUUGUGAGUAUCACCUGGCAGCCCUGGAUGAGAAGCGCCUGGGCUGUGGCCGUGGGAUGGUGGAGCACCGAAGGGCAGUAGUUCCUUGUCAGACAGAGGGACUUCACCUCACACCAGCUGCCCAUGCACCCCUCCCAAAUCGCAUGGCCACAGCCAGUAAAUUAGCAGAUUAUAGAAGUCAUCGCUAUUAA